GACGGUGGUGCGUCGUGAGCUGAUGACGCGCCGUACCGCGUGCCAUCCCCACGGUCCGCCAUGAACGGCAUCCAGGAUCGGUUCAACAGUGUGAUGAAGAGCUUCGCGAGGAAGGACAAGCAGCCCGCCGCGGAGGAGGCCGACGACGCACAGAAGAAGGAGAGCUACUUCAAGCGUGUAAAGGGCUCCGACCCCCGGGCUGCCACCUGCCGGGGGAAGCUGCAGUUCAAGCGCUCCAAGCUGAACCAGGACAUCAACAAGCACCUGCUGCUGCGACAGGGCGCGGAGAACCUGCUCAGAGCUGCGGAGAACAAGAAGGUGCGACAAGCCGUGUCUUUGGAGCUGAGCUUUGUCAGUUCCAACCUUCAGUAUCUGAAGGAGGAGCUAUCGGACCUCAAUAGCUCAGUGGAAAUCUACCAGGGUGAUAGCGGAACACCGUACAUUCCUAUGAUUCCCUUCGGGUUAAAGGAGACGAAGUACAUCGACUUCGGAGACGCCUUCAAGGACUUUAUCCUGGAGCACUACAGCGAGGACGCUCAGAAGUACGCCGGCGCCAUCCAGGACUUCACCAACACACGCCAGGCGAUGCGGACGCCAGAGCGGAACCAGACGGGACUGGCGCUGCUGUUCGAGUACUACAACCAGCUGUACUUCAUCGAGCGCCGCUUCUUCCCUCCGGACCGCAGUCUUGGCAUCCAUUUCGAGUGGUACGACUCGCUGACGGGUCUGCCCAGCUGCCAGCGAACCGUCGCGUUCGAGAAGGCGUCGGUCCUGUUCAACAUGGCGGCGCUGUACAGCCAGCUGGCGGCGCGCCAGGAGCGCGGCACGCAGGAGGGCCUGGACAGUGCCGUCGACAGCUACCUGCGGGCAGCCGGCAUCUACAGGUACAUCUUGGAGAACUUCUCGAACGCUCCAAGUCGAGACCUGGACGCUGAUGUUUUGGACGUGCUGGCCAACCUACUGCUGGCCCAGGCCAAGGAGUGUCUUCUAGAGAAGCUGCUCCUUCCUGAAGAGAAGCAAGACCUCAGCGCUCAGCUGGAUAUUGGCCAGGAGGCCGCACAGGUGGCCGAGGUGUACCACCGGCUACGGGAGCAGAUGGCAGCACCGUCCGUGCAGGAGUCCCUGCCCGUGUCGUGGCAGCAGCUGAUCCACAUUAAGGAAGUGUAUUACACCGCCAUUUCUCACCAUCAUUUCGCCGUCGGCCUGCUGGAGCACGAGGGUCCCCUGAGCAGGAGAAUGGCCGACACGCUGCAGCUGUCGCAGAGGGACCGGGAGGGGCAGCUGCUCUCCGUUGAACACAAGGUGCCGCACAACAAGGUCCAGCAGGACUACCUGGCCAAAUGCCACCUGCGCGAGGCCAUCGUGCUGCACGAGGAGAGUCUGCGCCUGUACCGGAUGGCGCGCGAGCUGCGCAAGCGCGACAUGCUGCGCCACGUGCUGCGGCUGGCGCUGGAGCUGAGCAGCGAGCAGUACGGCCUGCUGGAGCGCGAGGACGACUUCGACGAGCCGGUGGACGCGCCCGUCGUCACCGGCUCGUCCAAGUACCAGCUGUCACUGCAGGCGCCCGACUUCAGCCAGCACCAGGUGACCGACCUGUUCCGGGAGCUGGGCCCGGUCGAGGUGUUCUCGGCCCACCACCACUGGUCGGCGCCGCGGACCGUCCACAUCCACCGCCUGCCCGGCGAGGGGCUGGGCUUCAGCGUCAAGAUGGAGGCGCCCGUCGUGGUGGUCGGCGUGGAGCCGGCAGGGCUGGCCGAGCGCGUCGGUCUGAAGGAAGGCGACUACAUCGCCGGCCUGAACGGCGAGGACCUCAAGUGGAGCAGCCACACGGAGGUGGUGGCGCAGAUACGGCGCGCCGGCAGCGAGUUCCAGCUGCACAUCAUCACGCCCAUGGACAAGACAGAACAGACGCCGGAGCCGCCGCGGCCGCCGCCCAUGCCGCCGCUCUCGGACAAGACCUGGGGCUCGCUCUCCAGCUCGGGCGUCAGCUCGGGCGUCUCCAGCCGCAAGCCGAGCCCGGCCAGCAGCCUGGCCAGCCAGAACAGCAAGGGCUCGGCGCGCCGUCACUCCUGGAACCCGUUCAAGAAGGGCUCGCGCUCCGACCACCCCGAACUGUACAUCAGCAACGUGGUGCUGCGGUGAGGCCGGCCAGCCCGCCCCAUCUGUACAUACGCCAUCCUCUCAUGCGUGUGUGCGUGAAUGCGUGAGAAGGCGCGCCGUGGCGGUCGCGCCGCUCCUGGCCGCUCGCCCCCGGGCGAGGGUCGCCGCGAGGCGGCAGCACCGGCGCACGGCGUGCGCUCCCAUCAGGCCGCCCCCAGCGAGGGUGUAGCCGCCUAGCAACCGCGAGCUCGUGACGUGCAGACGAACAUCAGCGCGCGGUGCGUGUAGUCGUGUGCGGCGCGCUGGACGGGCUAGCUGAUCGACGGUCCGCGCUCUCUUGCCACGUUGACAUGUGUCGUGUAGUGUAUGAAACGUUAUCUGAUUGAUGUUAGUCGCGUUAGAUACGUGCAGUCACGUUGAUUUAUCAUGCAAUUUUAUCGUGGGUGACAGGAGUGCCCCAGUGUAAUGUAAUCGUGUAAUUCUGUUGCUGGAUCGUGACGUGCAACGACUUGGGCCAAACCACCUCGCGCGUGUGCGGGCACAUUUUCGUAGAGGUGCCGUCGGAGAUGAAACUUACAAAUGUCGAUGUAACGCUAUUGUGAUAUUCGAAGCCGCCUGGAGUAAUCCAGUCGUGUUUGUCAGCGCGCUCAGCUGACACUCGCAUAAUGUGCAUAUUCAAUAAACGUGACAUUGGGGAAUCAUA